UUUUUUGGGCCGAUGCGUUCCCAGAAUUCGAGUGCCAUGCGUCUCCUGCAGCCGCCGCAAGGCGCCACCGCAGCCUUCUCGCCGCUUCUAUUGCUAUUGACGCCCUUCCUCUGGGCAGCUACACCAGCCUUCUCCUCGACUCCGAUGCCUCCGGCCAUCGAUCGCUCCCAUCUGGUAAUUUCAUCUAGAUAUAUACGGACACCCUUGUGUGGUAAAGCUCAUGGCUAUUCUUACAAACUUAUAGCGUUAUAUCAUAAGUUAUGGAAGGAUAAUUGCGGAGCCCCUGCAGUACCAGAGAGCAAGAGUGUAGAACCUAUUGAGGGUGUUAAGGAACUUAUGGAUUCAUUGAAAUACUUUGAUGCCGAUUUUUUCAAUGACAGCAAGGUGCAAGAAAUGGCAACUGGCGUGAAAGAGUUCAACCUACCAAUGUUUAUGGUGAACCGUGAACUUAUUGCUUCCCGUGAUGGAGGGUUGAAUGAUCCAUCUGUGUUAGUUUUCAAAUCAUCCUGGGGUAGAAAUGAUGAAGCUCCCCAUAAGUAUAUACAAUUUAGAUAUCCUUCCAUUCAUGGCAUACAACGGCCAAACAAAGAGGAAGAUAUUGCCUUUAUGACGAUACUUGAGCUUGGAGAGCUUAUUAGGACGAAGCAAAUUACUUCGAAAGAGCUCACUGAUUUAUUCUUUCGAAGAUUAAAAAGGUAUAAUCUUGUUCUUGAAGCUGUGAUUACAUUAACCGAAGAGUUAGCAUACCGUCAGGCAGAGGAGGCAGAUAAGUUGCUGGCUCAAGGAGUGUAUUUGGGUCCCCUCCAUGGUAUCCCUUAUGGAUUGAAAGACAUUAUAGCUGUACCCCACUACAAGACUACAUGGGGAUCCAAGACAUUCAAAGACCAGGUUCUUAACAUUGAAAGUUGGGUCUAUAAAAGGCUAAAGGCUGCGGGAGGCGUUCUCGUUGCAAAGCUUGUUUCGGGGUCACUAGCCUAUGAUGACAUUUGGUUUGGGGGAAGGACCCGGAACCCUUGGAAUAUUGAAGAAUUCUCUACAGGGUCAUCAGCAGGACCUGCAGCUAGUACCUCCGCAGGUCUUGUCCCAUUUGCAAUUGGCUCAGAAACAGCCGGUUCCAUUACAUACCCUUCUGCUCGUUGCGGAAUUACAGCCCUACGACCAACAUUUGGAACUGUUGGUCGAAGUGGUGUCAUGAGCAUAUCUGAGAGUUUGGAUAAGCUAGGUCCUUUCUGCAGAAGUGCUGCUGACUGUGCCUUAGUGAUUGAUGCCAUUAGGGGAAUCGAUCCUGGUGACCUAUCUUCUCGUCAUGUUGGUAUUGAUGACCCAUUUGAAGUCGACAUCAGAAAACUCACUGUUGGAUUUCUCAAAGAUGCAGAGAUGGAGGUUGUACAUAUUCUUCAGUCCAAGGGUGUAAAUUGUGUUCCUUUUGAGUUGAAAUACACAGUCGAAUCAGUUCCAGCAAUUUUAAACUUCACAAUGGAUGUCGAUAUGCUGUCCCACUUUGAUAAGUGGCAGCGUUUGGGACAUGAUGAUGAUUAUGAAGCUCAAGAUCAGUGGCCCGUGGAACUUCGGCGUGCACGGUUGAUACCAGCAGUAGAUUAUAUACAGGCACAAAGAGCACGGGGCAAGCUGAUUCGAGAGGUCCGUGAGAGCUUUACUGUUGAUGCUUUUAUUGGUAAUGCAACUGAUUGGGAACGCGUUUGCUUGGGAAACCUUGUUGGCAUUCCUGUAGUUGUUGUCCCAACUGGUUUCGAGAACAUCAAAAAUCCUCCUCCAGGUGGUACUAGGAGAAGAACCACAAUAACAACAGGAAUAUAUGCUCCACCAGAUCGUGAUCACAUUGCUCUAGCAUUAGCCAUGGCAUAUCAAUCUGCCACCAAUCAUCACAGGCAACGCCCUCCUAUCGAUGAUCCUUAAUUAAACUGGUUUGAAUGCUUCUUGAGGAUAUUUUGCUCAAAGAAAUGCAAUGAGUUAAAGCUUGUUUAUUUACUGCAAAAUACAUUGUGUUGAUUUUGUUGCAAAAACUUAAUCGUUCGAUAACAUUUGUGAGUUUAUGACCUACGAACAAUUUCAACUCAAUACAUUGUGAGCUUAUUUUGGCC